CCGGCCCCAUUCACCCUCCGGGACUUCCAGAAACGUAAGGUCCCCACAAUGGGGGUGGGGACCUUCAGGGUGCAAUACCGAGGGCGGACACGGCAACUGGACUUGCUUGUGGUCAAGGGCCCCUACAUUAGCUUACUGGGAUUGGCAUGGUUUGGACCACUGGGGCUAGCCGUCACCGGGGUGAACCACACGAGCUUACAAGUGGACGUGGACGCCAUAUGCAAGGAAUUUCCGGGGGUUUUCGAUGGGAAAUUGGGACAGUAUACGGGCCCCCCCAUUGCUCUACAGCUUGACCCCACAGUACGACCGGUCAGGCUCAAGGCCCGCCGGGUCCCGUUCGCCCUGAAACCCCGUAUAGACGAGGAAUUGGACCGGCUCGUGGAGCAAGGAGUGCUGGAGCCGGUGCCUAAUGCCCCCUGGGAAACCCCAAUCGUCACACCCGUCAAGCCUAAUGGUUCGGUCCGCAUCUGCGCAGACUACAAAUGUACCAUAAACAAGGCCCUCACGGCCCAUGCAUACCCAGUGCCAGUGGUCAGCCAUGUCCUUGCCACCCUGGCUGGGUCGAAAAUUUUUGGCAAGCUGGACUUGGCCCAAGCAUAUCAACAGCUGCCCGUAGAUGAGGCCACAGCAGAGGCACAGACGAUUGUGACACACAGAGGAGCCAAGUGGGCCCCUUGGGUGUGGGGCCAGCACCAGGAGGCCGCACUCCAGGCAGUCAAGGACUUGCUUGUCUCAAACUCGGUCUUGGCACACUUCGACGAGAGGCUGCCGGUGGUGCUAGCAUGCGACGCCUCGCCCUAUGGCAUUGGCGCUGUCCUGGGACACCAACUCCUGGAUGGAAGAGAGGUACCGGUGGCAUACUUUUCCCAGACACUCAACGCAACUGAGCGGAACUACUCGCAAAUCGACAAGGAGGGUCUGGCAAUCGUGAAGGGAGUAAAAAAAUUCCAUGAUUUCUUGUACGGGCGGCCCUUCACCGUGGUGACUGACCACAAGCCGUUGCUUGGCUUGUUUGCCCCUGAAAAGCAGACCCCCCAAGUGCUGUCUCCUCACGUCCUCAGGUGGUCAAUUUUCCUUGCCAGCUACCAGUAUGCACUGAUUCACCGCCCUGGGAAGGCGAUGGGCCAUGCGGACGCCCUCAGCAGGCUACCACUACCGGAAACAGGCCCCGACCCAGCACCUGCACAAGAGGUUAUGAGCCUGGAGCUGCUUCCCGACCGCCCCAUUCAGGCACAAGAAGUUGCACACCAUUCCAAGAAAGAUAGGGUCAUCUCCCGGGUCCUGGACUGGGUGUGGAGGGGAUGGCCCAGCAGCAGCCCCGGGCCAGAAUUCGCCGGCUACACAACCCGCAAACAUGAACUGUCGGCCCACAAGGGGUGCCUGUUAUGGGGA